AUGGAACAGAGUCUUCAAAAGAUCGACUACCGCCUGCUUCAAGGCUGUUGCCUAGAGGCCGAACGCGCUGACAUUGUGUCGGUGAGCCUGGAAGGGCUCCGGAUGGCCCUACCCGAGUCAUAUGGCGGCCCCAUAAAUGCUCUGGUCGCGGGCAUGCGGAAGUGUGCACGGCUACUCAGGGACUUGGCCGACCUAUCGCAAAUGCAUUUCAACCGGGUUCCCAUCCUUCUCAACUACCUUCAGAUCAUACUCCCGUGUCUGAGCCGGACACUUCGCGAUAUUACCGAAUACUAUGAGGACCGCACCGUGAGCAAGGACAUCCGGUGGCGGAGGAUGUACCACAAGAUGACCCAGGAGGUCGGGGCUCUCCCACUUCCACAGCGUUUUGUGCUUUACAAUCACUUUCUAGACUGCCUGAAACAGCUCCUGAUCAGGUCGCCCACUUUCGAUCUCAAUGGCUUGGAGUUGUUACGGACAAGGAUAAUCGAGAUGCGAGAAGCAAGAGGACUGCCCACACCCGCCCACGUUGGGCCUGUCGUCCGACCAGAGACUUUACUAAUGCCGAUAACCCAAGAUCCAACGAUACACUGGGCCGAGCAGAUAUUUUCUCUGCCGCUGCCGUCCCGAACGGCCCUGAAGCACACCAAAACGUCGAAGGCUUGCGGUCCUUUCCAAGCAUGGGGUCAACUCAAUAUUCCAAAGGAAACCAAGAUGCUCUUCAGAAGACCCUUCGACGAAGACCGCCUUGCGCUGAUGGCGUAUCUCAACCUCGUCAACCAUACGCCCUAUAUUCUGCUCAGGACCUACCACCUAGGAGCCCCGUGGUUCUCCCUUCGUGGCACACACGAGCUCGUCCUCCAGCGCGAAGAGAACUGCCUGCAGCUCAAACGUUGGAGUAUCUCCCAGGGGGCGCCGAAGCUCUGGGCCUCCCUCUACUUCAAGACAUGGGAGGAACUGACCCUAUUCCACUGCACCUUCGUCUCCCUGAAGGCCCGAAACACGAUGACCACCAACAUGCAACCCAGGGAAUUCAAGCUCGCCGGAGAGAAGAAGACCUUUCAAGCGCAAAUCAUCGACGACGGCUUCAAGCACUCCCUCAUGGUCUACCAAGAUAUUGCGACCCGGGGCUUCCGCCUCCACGCCGCGGUCUGGGACGGCGAGCUCCGUCUAUGUCCCGUCUGGACCGCCUUUGUUACGCACCAGUCGGCCUCGCCGACCUGGCUCCGACGCAAGAGCCCUCACUGCGUCUGGCUCAAGGACGUCCAGCUAUACGUCUUCUGCAAGGGCUACCGCCAGCAGAACCAGCGCAAGGGCGAGGCCGGCGCCUUCGAGAUCAACUUUGUUUCUGAGGACGGUGCCGCGCACUUCCACGAGGCGUUUUCCUCCACCGUUUCGGAACCAUCCACAGAUUCUCGUGAGGCCAUCGAGGAUUCCAAGUAG